UGCAGGCCUGGCAGGCAACGUAAACACUGAAACAUCUUUGUAAACAUUCGAUCACUUUGUGGCUUUACAUCUCGUUUCUUCUCUGUUUCUACUCGAGAAUUGCCUCUCGAUGGGGGAGCUAGACUAGAUAAAUACCGGUGGGCCAUGUGGACCUCGGGUUUCCCUUGAUGUUGCUGUUAAUAAACGCCAAUGAUUCAGCUGGAGAAACCAGUUCUGACUGGUACCAUGCCGGUGGUGUGGCCCACCAUCCUUGACCUGGGCAGGGAUGAGUGCAAACGAAUUCUCCGUAAACUGGAGCUGGAGGCAUAUGCCGGGGUCAUCAGUGCUCUGCGAGCCCAAGGAGACCUGACCAAGGAUAAGAAGGAUCUGCUGGGAGAGCUCACCAAAAUCCUUGGGAUCUCAACGGAGCGCCAUCGCGCAGAAGUCCGCAGGGCUGUCAACGAUGAACGGCUCACCACCAUUGCAUACCACAUGUCGGGGCCCAACAGCUCGUCUGAGUGGUCCAUUGAAGGACGCCGGCUCGUCCCGUUGAUGCCGAGGCUGGUCCCUCAGACGGCCUUCACAGUUACUGCUAACGCGGUGGCCAGUGCAACAGCCAAUCAGAAUGCCUCUCUUCUGCUGCCGGCUGAAACGGGAAACAAAGAAGUAGUAGUAUGCUACUCCUACACAAGCACCACCUCUACCUCCACCGGUGUUGCAGCACCAAGCGGACCCAUAGGAGCCACAGUGAAGUCUCCACGACCUGCCAGCCCUUCGUCCAACUUGGUAGUGCUGCCCAGCGGGAGCACCGUCUACGUGAAGAGUGUUAGUUGUUCUGAUGAAGACGAGAAGCCUCGUAAGCGAAGACGCACAAACUCGUCCAGCUCGUCGCCGGUGAUGCUGAAGGAGGUGACCAAAGUGUCGCCGACAGUGUCCAAAAGCAUCACGGUGCCGGUGAGCGGCAGUCCCAAGAUGAGCAACAUCAUGCAGAGCAUCGCCAACUCCCUGCCGCCUCACCUGUCCCCCGUCAAGAUCACCUUCACCAAGCCCACCAUCCAAACAACCAGCGCCACCACGCAGAAGGUGAUCAUCGUGACCACUUCUCCCAGCUCCAAUUUUGUGCCGAACAUCCUGUCAAAGUCUCACAUGCACAACGCGGCCGUGUCCAGGCUGGGCUCCUCCUCCAUUCUGGCCACGCCCACCCAGAAGCAGACAGUGGUUUUCCCAGCCAGCUCCAGCUCCGCCCCCAACACCAUCGCCGUGACCACCGUGGUCUCCUCCACCCCGUCAGUGGUGAUGUCUACCGUAACGCAGUGUGGCUCCACAGGCGGGGUGAAGGUUGCUUCAGCCAGACUUCCCUCCCCGAAGACCCUCGUGGGCUCCCCCGCCCAGAUCCUGGCCCAGUUCCCCAAACAGCAGUCCUCUAAACAGCUGCAGCAGAGCUCGCCUUUAGGAGCUGCUGUCAGUCAAGUUCAGACCACCACCAACCCCUCGGGAGCAAAACCCACCAUUCAGAUCAAACAAGAGUCUGGGGUGAAGAUCAUCACCCAGCAGGUGCAGCCCAGUAAAAUCCUGCCCAAGCCUUCAUCCGUGGCUCUGUCCAGCAGCAGCUCUUCACCCAUCAUGGUCGUCAGUAGCAACGGUGCUAUCAUGACCACCAAGCUGGUCACGCAGCCAACAGCCACUCAGACCACAUACACGAGGCCCGCGGUUAGUCCCAACAUCGGCGCCAGGAUAUCGGCCUCCAGUGGGGGCGCCACUUAUGUCAAGACCACCAGCGGCAGCAUCAUCACUGUGGUACCCAAGUCUCUGGCCACACUGGGCGGGAAGAUCAUCAGCAGCAACAUCGUCUCGGGCACAACAACAAAGAUCACCACCAUCCCCAUGACCUCCAAACCCAACGUGAUCGUGGUGCAGAAAACCUCAGGCAAAGGAGCCACCAUCCAGGGACUGCCGGGCAAGAACGUGGUCACCACACUUUUAAACGCCGGGGGAGAGAAGAGCCUGCAGGCGGUCCAGGGGACCAAACCAGCCAUCAUCACCGCCUCCAGGCCCAUCACCAAGAUGAUCGUCACCCAGCCCAAAGGCAUGAGCUGCGGGUCCCAGUCCACCGCCACCAAGAUCAUCCCCACCAAGAUCGUCUACGGCCAGCAGGGCAAGACACAGUUCCAGUAUAUGAUGUUACCGAAGGAUGCAGAGAAUCUGAAGAAGUUCCUGUGUGUACCGGACAGGACCGCACAUCAACAUGGGAUGCCACAGGUUCUCAUCAAGCCGAAGCCGGUCUUCCAGACGGCGGUGGUGAGCGAGCAGACGAGGCAGCUGGUCACCGAGACGCUGCAGCAGGUGACCCGCUCUGCAGAGGUCAGCCAAGGUCAGACCUCGGGCCAGGACGGGUCGGCCAAGGACAACGGCAGCGGUGUCACGGAGGCCGCCAGCUCAACCAGCGACACCGUGCGUGGCGCCACUCAGGAACCACAGCCUGUAGUGCACGUGGUGUCCUCCAGAGAGCAGGAUUGGACCGAACAGGAAGUGGCUGUGGAGUCGGCUCCGACCAUCAUCUACCAGGAGGUGACCGGAGGAGACGUCCAGUCCGCCACUACAACCAUCAAAGCCAUUCUGGAGCUUCAGCAGACUGCAGCGGUGAAGGAGAACACGGAUGCCAAACCCCGGCAGCACACCAUCGAUCUCAGCCAGAUGGCUGUGCCCAUCCCGCUGCCCCAGGAGAAGAAGCCCGGCCCAGAGUCCCCCAGGCCCUCCACCUCAGAGGCGGAGCCCAGCACGGAGCACGUCACAGCAGGUAAAUCCAGAGUGGGAACGUCCCCGGUGGAGGAAGAUGCGGUCAUGUCCUCCAAUCAGCCGCCAGGGAAGCCUACCAUAGUAACCAAACCGGUUCCCAUGCCGACAGCGGCUGCAGCGCUGCACCUGGGCUCAGACAGUAAAACCGAGAGCACGUUGGAGGUGGGCGAGCUGGAGGGCGACACCUUGGACCCCCAGACGGGCUUGUUUUAUCGCUCCAUCCAACCAGCGUUAGAUCCCACCAAACAAGCGCCUCAGUCCGCAGCAGCUCAGCCGCCAACUUUGAGCAAGGCAGAGAUGGAGCCGAGCCGCCAGGGCUCCACACCCGUCCAGCAGCCGCCUCUGCCGCCGCCGCCGCUGCAGCUGCAGAGCAAGCCUCAGAUCAGCCAGCCUCCCUCCUCCACCUCCACCUUCGCCUCCACUCCGCCUCUGACUAAGAAAGUCCCUAAACUACGGGAGCAAACUCAGCCCAAAGUGCAAACGUUACCGCCGGCUCCCGCGGCUGCUCCGGCUCCGGCCCCGGCUCCGGCAAAGGUCACGACUCCCACCACGCCAACCAAACCGCCGCUGACGCCACAGCUCCCCAAGCUCCAGCAAGCCCCCACCUCCCAUCACAGGCCCCUGCACACGCCCAUGUCCCACCCCCCUCCCCUGCAGGCGCACCACCCUCCGCCCCUGCAGCCGCGCCACCCUGUCAGUACGGAGAAGACUGCGCCCAGUCAGCAGCCUAUCAUCACGCAGAGCGCCACCGUCACCAAGAUCACCUUCGGCAGCUCUCACCACCCGUCCCCGGUCUUCAGCAGUGGCGAGGCGGCGGCCAAGCGGAUCCCAGAGUCCAGCUCGGGGCCCUCGGGGGACAAGUCCUCGGUGUCUGACAUCCUGAAGAUCUCCAUGAUGGAGGCGGAGAUCGAUCCGAGCACGGAGCCCAUGGUGGUGGACUCCUCCAGCGACUGCGGCCCCCUGGGAAAAACCCUGGAGGUCCAGGCCGUGUCAGGCACGCUGGACUCGGGCCAGUUCAUCAGCAGCUCGGAGGUGGGCGUGCAUCGCUCCCACGCCAAGCCCCAGCAGUUCAGCUGCAUGCAGGCACUCGCAGCUCAGAGGAGCAAAGACGACCUGGAAGUCAUCGAGGUGAUCCCUCAGUACUCCAUCCUGCCGGACUCCAGCCAGUCCAACGUGGUGGUGGAGCCCAGCGGCUUCCUGGAGAUCACCAACUUCACCAGCCAGCAGCUGGAGGAGGACAGCCCCAUGGAGCAGGAGGUGGACAGCAGCAACGACGAGGCGGCGGCCGCCAGCCCCCCCAACCGGCCGUAGCAGCGCCGCGCCAGAGACACUGACAGCAGGCGGGGCUCUUGUUCACUUUGAACCAGCAGACUGAUAAUUUGUUUGAGGCCUCAGACCCAGCGGAUGAACUCUAGCUGGUGUUUUUCUUUCUUGUGUGUAAAAUAUUAGUUUGUUAGUUUCUUUUUUCCUCCUGACUCGCAGCACAUGUGGUUUUUAUUGCUUGGUGUGGGAGUGAGGCGAGAGGACGAGAUGUAGCCCCAGACGGCUGGACAGCAGCCUCUGCAGACGUACGAGCCUCCAGACUGAUAACUGUGUUACUCACCAGACAUUUCACACAUUUACACACUCACCUCGAGGUCUUUUUGUUUUGGGUUUUUUUUGGGUCCAAUAUCCGUCAUUUCAGAAAGUUAAUCAGCAGUUGUCCUCACGCUUGUACAGAGCAGCUUGUUUGUUAAAAGAGAUCUUUUUCAUCAGUUAAUAUGAAUUUAGUUCUGACUGACUUUGUAGCUGAAAACUUUCCGGCACUUUUGGGAGGUUGAGUUUUCAGAAGUGGGCACAAACCCGGAGAGGAGCGAAUUUUCCCCGAGGGACGUAGACCAGGACCAGGAGAGUCUUGGAGGACGGAAGUUUGUAUCAUAAAAACUGCAAGAGUGUAACAAAACAAAAAAGAAGGAAAAUAAAGUACAUUUUGUUGUAAAAUAAUA